CAUACCGGAGAUUUUAACCAUCAAGGUCAAAAGAUGGCGGAUCAGGUUAUCUCUAAUCAAGAUCACGAAACAAAAAGACCUUUAGAUGUCAACAAAUGCAGCAAAGGAUGGAGAAAUCAAAGAGAAUACUCCUAUUGGAUACCUGAUGUAGACAUCGAGGGAGAAAUCCCAAAGGAUUUGUAUGGAACUCUCUUCAGAAAUGGUCCUGGGUUGAAUGAAGUUUAUGGUACAAAACUAAAACAUCCAAUUGACGGAGAUGGCAUGGUCUGUGCAGUAACUUUCCAAAACGGCCGCGUACAUUUCAAGUCCAAAUUUGUCUUAACCAAGCACAGACAGGAAGAGACUGACAAGCAUAGUUUUCUUUAUCCUGGGCAAAUGGGUACCAUGGCAACAGGUGCAGUUAGCGGAACAGUGGCAUUACUGCGGAGCCUUAUGAAGGGAGCAUUACCAACAAUACAAUUUAGGAAUCCUUCAAAUACUAACUCCUUUUACUGGGGUGGAAAGCUUUUAACAUGUUACGAGACAAGUAUGCCAUAUUGUUUAGACCCAUAUACAUUAGAGACUUUAGGACCAGAUGACUUAUGUGGUGCCUUGAAAUUAAAAGCUCUUGCGGCUCAUUUUAGGAUUGAUGCAGAAAACCAGCUUCUUGUUUGCAUCAGCUUGCGACCUGGGUUUCGUCAUGCUAAACCAUGCCUUGCGAUCUACGAGUUUACCCCAUCAUGGCAGCUACAUCAGAGACAGAUACACCACAUUCCAGGCUUAAAUUAUGCACAUGAUUUUCUCUUGCUUGAAGACUACUAUAUUUUCCACAUGACCCCUUUUGUAAAGUCAACAUUGCCAAUGGUUUUGAAGAUUCUUGCCGGAUGGUCAUCCCCUGGAGACCACAUGAGGUAUUAUCCUGAUCUACCUUCAAGAUUUGUGAUAAUACCUCGUAAAACGGAUAAAUAUGACAAAGAAGUGAUUAUGGUAGACACAGAUCCUUGUCAUAUCUUUCACUUUGGCACAGCCCAAAAGGAGGGCAACUCUAUAACUUUUACUGCAGUAUGCUUGGGCACCAACUUUGACAUGACAUUUGACCACAAGAUAUGGCUCAGCAAUGCAUCAGUUUCUCCUGGGCGAGUCUACAAUUUUCAUAUUGACCUCACAAGUAAAAAGUGCACCAGAGUUUUAGCUGAUCAUGCAAGUGUUGAGUUUCCAAAUACACAUCCCUAUCGACAUGGUGUGCUUGGCACAAGGUUUAACUACCUAAUGGCUAAUGACAGGCCUGGUCAAAACUUGCCUUACAGAGAUAUCGUGAAGUUUGAUGCCAAGCAUAAAAGGCGUCAAGUAUGGUAUUCUUACGGCGUCAUCGGAGAACCCGUCUUCGUACCUCGACUCGGAUACGACUCUUCGAGAACUGGUGACGAAGACGACGGUUACGUCAUCGUUCAACUCUACGUACCAAAGCGUGACGUCACAGAGUUUUGCGUCUUAGACGCCAAGGAUGUUGGGAAAGGCCCUUUGGCACGUCUUAAGUUAAAGCACCAUAUUCCGUACGGUUUCCAUGGUACCUUUACGCCGGAAGUUUUUUUGUCGUCCCCUAUCACAAAGUCUAAGCUAUAAAGGCCUUGCCUCAUCACGUGACGGCAGCCAUGACAGGACUGUAGUUUUGAUUUCUUAAAAUUCAACGAUGAUAAGACUAUUGCUUUUAGUAGGUACGAUGAAACAGUUUGCUAAGGUAUGUCUUAGAGGUAUCAAAAUUGGUUGUGUCGAGAUAUCUCCAACUUCCAGCUCUCCAACUCUCCAAAUCUUGGCGUGUUGUUUGAUUCCUGUCUAAAUAGAGUGAGCACAUUAUAUUUAUAACAUCAGGCGUAUUAGGAUGUACUUAUCUAGGAAAAGUACUGAGACCUCAGUGCAUGCUUUUAUUUCUAGCAGACUAGACUAUGACAAUAGCCUACUGUUUGGUCCGCUCCCACAAUAUCAGAUUCAAAAGCCUCAGCGAGUCCAGAACGCUUCUGCUCGUUUUAUCUUUUCAAUGCCUAAAUACUGUCAUGUCACUCCUCUUUGGUUUACACUGGCUGCCAGUGAAAAAAUGAAUUGUUUUUAAGAUCUUAUUGUUGGUUUUUAAGGUACUCCACCAGUUGGCACCGAGUUACUUAAUUGAUCUUAUCUCUGAUGCCCUCUUCAAUAUACGCUCAAUAGCGCAGCGCACUGAUUCUAAAAAUAGCUUAAAGAUUCGGACAAACAUUGCAUUCUGUUUAACCGCUACGAGGAUUAUACGAACCGAUUUUAUUAUUUUUACUUAAAGUUACAAUAA